AAAAUGAAGAUUUUAUCAAAAUUGUUAUCCAUUUUGAUAAUAAUAAUUCCACUUACCAAAGCGGAAGCUCUUUUGGGGAUCCAUUGCAAACAAAAUGGCGACUGCACUUCCCAAAACUCAUAUUGCAACGAAACAUCUAACAGAUGUCGCUGUACAGACGGUUACUACCCAUCCGAAGACAAGACUAAGUGUGUCCUGUAUGCAAAAAAAGUAGAUGACGAUUGCGAGAGAGACGUUGGAUGCAAAUUUGUGAAACACUCGUGGUGUGAUAAACAUUUUUGUAAGUGCCGGUCUGAAGAAUUCCAAGCAAUAACUGGCGAAUGCAAGCCCCAAAGUCGUGGCGCAUGUAACGCUGAUGGAACUUGUAGUAAUGUUCUUAGCGAUGGAGUUUGCAACAAUGGUCAGUGCACUUGUACAGAAAACGUUGACUACUUUGGGGCAAUGAUGUCAUAUUGUUCUAUAUUUAUCCUGCACGUUAGUACCGACAAUUUAUAUGAGUUCACCAGUCGUGAAGAGGGUUGUAAGAAUUUUCCAAAUUCCUACAAAGAGUUUAUAAAUCGUCAGAAACAAUGUGUUUGCAAAAAAGAAUACACACCUGAUAAAAAGAAUGAUAUGUGUCUCGCUGAUAUAGAUAUGGAUUGUCCUGAUGAUAGUUAUUGCAGAGUUGAACAUAGUUUUUGUAAUGAUUGGCAAAAAUGCGAAUGCGAUUAUACUUACUAUCCAUCUGCAGAUAAGAAAAGCUGUAUUAAAUAUGAAAUUGGCGAAUCAUGUGACCAGAACAAGAAUUGUGGUCCUUUACAAAACUCCAAAUGCGAAUCAAAAAACUGCGUUUGCGUAGAAGAAGCUACAAAAGGAACCGAUGCUUCAUCAUCAUACAGCUGCAACACAGGUUUCGUCCAACACAACGAAUUCUGCUACGGAGUUCCUGGAACCGUCUGUUCCUUAACCUCCAAAUGCUUGUCUUCUUCCUAUGCCAAUCUUGGAACCUCCUGCGGCCUGAUUAAGGAACACAAGGAGAAGUACAGCACCUGCAGUUCCAAGAACGGAUUAACCACCUGCUGGAUGGACGACUUCAAUGGCCAGUUAACUGACUUUGGAGUGUCUAUUGGCGGUUCUAGAGAACUGAUCUGCUUGGUGGAGCACCAGGAUGGAACCUCGGUUCUGGGAACCGUGUCUGCUUCCGAAUUUAAGUGUAAUGUUCAGUGGAGCACCACUAAACAAUCUUAUGAGAGCUAUAAAUUACUUGUUGACACCCGGAACCUGGAGUGGAACAAGGACUACGCUCUAGACAGCGCCGUUCUUGGAGGAACUGAAGGAACCAAAUUGUUCCUGAUCUGCAGAACUGAGAUUAAGAUAGGAACUUAUGUUCUAGGAAGAUUGGAACCUCCCAAUUACAAAAGGUAUCAUGUUUAUCAAAAUAGGGAUCACUUUCAGUCAAAGUUCGAGGUACUGACUGUAAAAGGCGCUCCCUGUUCCAGUGAGAACUUCAUAUUUACUGGAGGGAUUUGCAAGUGUUCUUCAGGAUUCUACUCCUAUUUAAGGAACUGCUACAAGAUUCCUUUAAAACCCAAUGUUCCUGUUGGUUCCUUUGAAGCAUGUAGAUAUCUGAAGAAUACUGUCUAUUCUGGUGGAAAGUGCGUUUGCAAGAUUGGAUACUACCUAGAUGAUGAUCACUGUUCCAAGAUUCCAACAGAUCUGGAGGUUCCUUGUGAUCAUUGUCCAACUGAUUCUUCGUGUUCCGAGAACUUGUGUCACUGCAAUCCAGGAUUUGUAAGAAUGAAUGGAACUUGCUACGGGUUCAGUGGUUCGGAGUGUUUCAAGGAAUCUAAGUGUGCUUCUAAGUCUCAUGUAUGUCAAUCGGGAAUUUGUGAAGAGGUUGAAGAAAGAAAGGAAGAUAAUAAGUUUUGCGUAGGUUCCGUGUGCUGGAUGUCAUACGAUGGCAAAAAUAAGACAACCCUCGGAAUCGUUGGAGGAACUGAUGAUACAGGGUCACAGUUUGUUUGCCGAUCAGUUCACGGAACUGUUACAAUACCUGGGGAACUACGAGCUAACCGCUGGAUUCGUUGUCUUAUAGUCGUAGGAACCGAGUCCAUUUCAAACCAAAAAUUCGACAUGCUGGUCAAAAACGAAAAGCUAACCUGGACCAAUUCGUUCCAACUGGAACAAGCUGUUCCUGGAGGAACUAACGAAGACAACAAGCCAUACCUGAUCUGCCGCUUGGAACACGACGGGCUGCUCUAUAUUGGGAAGCUAGAAUCUCCAUACAACCUCUGUUCCACUGGUGGACUAACGGUUCUAGUCUCUUCAAAGUUUGAAAUUCUGGUUGACAGUACAGUUCCUGGAACAUGCGAACCAAAGUGCUCUGCAGUGGAUUCUGUUUGUUCCGAUGGAGUCUGCCAAUGCAAGCCAAGGUUCUUUAAGCACAACGGAACUUGCUACGGUCUCCCCCAAGCGGAAUGUUCUGGAACUUCAAAGUGUCUCUCCACGGCUUACUCCUGUGAAUCAAAUCAGUGUAAAAAGAUUGUAGAGGAACUGACGGAGGGCGCUCAAUGCGUAACAAAGAAUUAUAAGUUAGUCUGCUGGAAGCAAUAUGAUGGAAAUAAAACUGAUGGUGUUACUAUACAAGAUGUCGGCGACGCGAAAGAAAAUGUCUGCCGUGUGAAGUACGAAAAUCAUUUCUUACCAGGACGACAGCCGGAAGGAUUAGAGCAGUGUUUGAUGCUUCUGGAUGGCAAUGUUGAGGUCUUUGAUGAAUUUGAUGUUCUCUCGCCCAAGGACAAUUUAGAAUGGACUAAGGCUUACUCUUUAGACAAAGCCGUUCCCGCGGGGGAUUUUGAAGACAAACCGUUGCUGUUCUGCAGAACAGAAGUGUGUGGAUGGCAGCGCCACUAUUGGAACACUUGUUCCCCCAUUCUACGACUUGUGCUACAUUACUUAUAA